AUGAAAAAAUUCUCAGUAUCACUCAGCAUCUUGGAAAUACCAAUCAAAACUGCACCCCGGGCACCCCGGGCCUCGGCCCCCUCGCCGCCGCCGCGCUCGCGCUCGCGCUCGGGCUCCGAGUCCAAGGAGGCCGAGCUGUACCUGAUUCUGGCCCGCACCAAGACCCGCUCGUUCGGCAGCACGGCCAGCGUGCGGGCGCCGCUGGGCGCCGGCGUCAUCGAGCGCCAUGUGGAGCACCGGGUCCACGCCGGCGAUACGCUGCAGGGCAUCGCGCUCAAGUACGGAGUCACAAUGGAACAGAUUAAAAGGGCAAAUAAACUGUUUACCAAUGAUUGUAUAUUUCUGAAGAAAACUUUGAACAUCCCAGUUAUAUCAGAGAAGCCUUUGUUGUUUAAUGGACUUAACUCGAUACAUUCUCCAGAAAGUGAAACUGUUGGUAGCAGUUUUUCUCAUGAAGAAGAGCCCGUGGCAGCUGGGGAAGACCUUUCUCCUCCCAGUCCUCAAGAAUCCGAUGUUCAGCCUGUACAGCCUGAAGAAGUGUCAGCUAGAGAUUUCCUGCAGAGACUAGACUUGCAGAUUAAGUUGUCAACACAGGCAGCCAAGAAACUAAAAGAAGAGAGCAGAGAUGAAGAAAGCCCCUAUGCAGCUUCCCUCUAUCACAGUUAGAUGAUUGGGGUGAUCAUCUAACCUGGAUUAAUAGAUAGCUGGAUCAUAAGGAAACCAACAACUGAAGAUUUGAAAGCGUGCAUCGUUAAAUCGCAAUUUAGUAGGUCCACCUCCUGCAGUUGCACUGACGUGAUUAUUUCCCUCUGGCUUUCUAUAAUUCUAAGUCCCUAUUACGGCAUGAGAGCAAAAUUGUAUCCUAAAGCUCAUCACUUUUGUAGGUGAUGGUAGUUUUUAGACUAGUUUUGUAAAUACUAGCUAACAUAAAACAUCAAAGACUAUAUACAUCUUCAAGCUGAAAACAAUGUUGAUCUUCUGAGAAAUCCUAAUUAUGUGACAUACAUGGUUGCUGUUGAAGUGAUGCUGAUUUUGCUAUGUGUUUAUAACUUAAGUGCUAUAUAUUUUGAUAUGCAUUACAUAUUCUGUAUUAAUAUAAAGAACCAAAUUUUGUCUGCUAUUUUGUAAAAAUAAACUACAAAAGCCUGAAUGAGAAAAUAAACU